AUGGCGGAACCGGGUCCCCAGCGCGGCUGGUUCGUUUUCGGGUUCCGGGGCUUCGCGGAGCCUCGCGGCGGCGGGGCCCGGCGGGUGGAGCCGGAGCCGGGCGGGAUCCGCGUGGUGCGGCCCGCGUGGAGCUACACGGGCCUGGUGACGGGGCGCGGCCGCUUGGUGCUGCGGGGGCGGCUGGCGGGGGCACUGCCCGGGCACUGCCAGGACCUGCUCCCCUCCGAGAGCCACGUGCUGCUGCUGCGCGGGGCGGCGCUGGAGGCCUGGGCACGGGGCGCGGGGCUGUGUGGGGGGCCCGCCUGGCAGCAGCAGCUGCACCCAGGGGAGGUGGCCGGGCCCCUGCCCCUGGCCCCCCGUGGCUACGUGACCCCGCGGCCGCCCUUUCUGUGCCCGCUGCCACCGGCGCUGCGGGCCCAGAAGCUGGUGCUGGGCCAUGAGCAUGUGGUGCUGCUGGGCCGUGCCGGGACCAUCUACACCUGGGGCUGCGGCAGACAUGGGCAGCUGGGGCACGGGGGGCUGGAGCCUGUGUCAGAGCCCCGGCUCGUGGAGGCCUUGCAUGGCAUGCCCAUGGGGGACGUGGCAGCUGGAGGCUGGCAUUCUGUCAGUGUCAGCGAGGGAGGUGAUCUCUAUGUCUGGGGCUGGAAUGAAUCAGGGCAGCUGGCACUGCCUUCCAAAGCACUGGCAGAGAAAAGGGCACCAGCCGCAGCCUCUGUCUCCCAGCAUGAGGAACCCUGCGCCGGAGAGGCAGAGCUGAAAUUGGUCAAUCACGAGGCAGCACUGGGUGCUGAAGCAGCUGACUUCGUUUCAAUCCAGGCCUUCCCUGCUUUGCUGGAUCUACCUGAGGGGUCAGAGGUCAGCAAGGUCAGCUGUGGCUCCCGCCACACUGCUGCUGUGACCCGGACUGGGGAGCUCUACACCUGGGGCUGGGCAGGCAAAUAUGGACAACUUGGCCACAAUGACACAGCAAGCUCUGACCAGCCACGACAGGUUGGCUAUUUCCCUGCAAAUGGGCUCAUGGUGGAGGAUGUGGUCUGUGGCCCAUGGAACACUUACGUUGGUGCUGUGGAGAAGUGAGAGCAACUGAAAGGGUGGAGAAAGGCCCCACCUGCAGCACUGACCUGUAAAGAGACUCAGCCACCCCUGGGCCUGGAGCCGAAAGUGAUUUCCUUCACUGGGGGGCGGGGGGUGUUCACAUUCAAUUGCCCCAGCCAGAGAACUCCAAUUAAUCAUCCUUCCUUUGCUAAAAGUCUUGUGCAUUUUUUUCCUAGCCCCACUGCUGCCAUCGCUGCCUCCUCUAAAUGCUGCUGGGGGGUUGCAAAGGCGCUGGGCCUCACGUAGGGUCUUGCAGGCAGACUGGCCUGAGGGAGUGGAAGUAAACUCAACACCCGCACAGCCAGGAGACAGU